AUGAGUAGUGACAAUAAUAAUGACCCUUUUGACUUGAACGAAGAUGGCCAUGAUUACUUUAAUAGAGUAUCUACUACCACUUCUCCAAAUAGACAAUCAAUAAAUUCUUCACCAAAACAGUCCUCACCAAAAUCGACAAAUAAUAAUGAUGAUAAAAAUAAUAUAAUUUUAGAUUUAAAUGAUAAUAAUAAUGAUAAUAAUAAUACUAAUAACUAUAAUGACGAAGAUAUUGAUGUUGAUAAUAAAAACAAAUUUGAAAACAAAGAUAAUACAUAUAAUAGCAAUGGUGGUAGUAAUAAUAAAAAUAAAAAUAAAAAAAAAGAUAAUAAAAGUAAUAAUAGUAGUGAUAAUGAAGAGGCAGAUGAAAAUACAUCUUUAAUAAGUGACAGCGAACCACUAUUAAAUAAAAAAGAAAAAGAUGAUGAACAAAUCGAAAUUGAAAAUUUAGAUGGUGAAGAUUAUGAUGAUGAAGUUUCAUUACAAGAUUUCUCUUCAAUGAUUGUUUCUAUAAUUAUACCAGUUUCAAUUACUAUGAUGGCAGUUGUAUUUUUUGUAAAAUAUUUAAAUAAUCAAACUUUGUAUGCAUCAACACUUAGUUACACUAUAGCUGGUGGCAGUAGUGGUGGAGGUAGUGGUGCUGAUAGUAUAACUGGUAAUUCAUUUGUAGAUUCAUUAAUUGUUGCAGGUAUUGUAUUGGGUAUGAUUAUUGUAACUACGGUUGCAUUUGUAUUACUUUAUAAAUAUAGGUGUUUAAAGAUACUAUAUGGUUGGUUAUUUUUAUCAGUUGGUAUGAUGUUAGGUUCAUUCGGUACAACAUUCUUUCAAGCAAUGUUAUCUGCCGCAAAUUUACCAUUGGAUUAUAUUACUUUUGCAUUCUUAAUAUUCAACUUCACAGUUUGUGGUAUCAUUGGUGUUUUCUGGUAUGCUCAUCAAUAUGUCAACCAAUUGUAUCUAGUGAUCAUCUCGGUGUUGAUGGCAAUUUCAUUGACUAGAUUACCACAAUGGACUAUUUUCACUCUAUUGGUAAUCGUUGCAAUCUAUGAUCUCUUUGCUGUACUUUGCCCACGUGGACCUUUGAAGGUAUUGGUUGAACUCUCUCAAGAACGUAAUGAAAAUAUUCCUGCUCUCGUCUAUGAAACUGGUAAAGGCUCUGAUAGUAAUUUAAAACUUGGUCUUGGUGAUUUCAUCUUUUAUAGUUUAUUAAUAAGUAGAGCUGCUUUAGUUCAUAUGAGUUGUGUUUUUUCAACUUUUAUUGCAAUUUUAACUGGUUUAUUUUUAACAUUGCUCUGUUUAGCAAUCUUUAAAAAAGCAUUACCUGCUUUACCAAUUUCAAUCUUUUUGGGAAUAUUAUUUUACUAUCUUUCAAAUAACUUCUUAACUCCAUUCAUUGAAGCUUUAACUUUAUCACAAAUAUUUGUUUAG